UUGCAAAACCUAAAGGGUGGCGCUGUUUUGUUAGUAAAAUGCCAGCCUAUGGACGCCAUGACAGUGAAUCGUUGUCAUUAGGGCAGAUCGUGAAACAACCGGACAGCUCCGUGGUGCUGAAACUCCACUUCGAUAACGCCCUCGCCCUUUUUUAACGCCGAAAUCUCCCCGGGAUUUAAUUUAUGUUAACAUGUUUGGGAUCAAGGCCGUUACAGCGACAUGCAAUAUUGCUGGAAACGUACAUUACAUCGUUUGAAGUGCAGUUAACCCGCACACAACAAUGGGUUCCUCUGUAACAGUGCAGUCUUGCAAAAGGUACGUGCUGAUCGUUAUUCUUUUUUCCUUCGUUCAUCACAUAUCGACUUCAGUGACUCAUUAUUCAAUACCCGAGGAGAUGAAAGAAGGUUCAGUUGUAGCAAACCUUGCUACCGACCUCAGCUUGGACGUUAAAACACUGAAUCAGAGGAAGAUGCGUCUUGACAUCAUUGCAAAUAAAAAAUAUCUGGACGUGAACAAAGAGACUGGUGAACUGUAUAUUGUUGAGAAGAUUGACAGGGAAUAUAUUUGCACUACAAAGUCGUCAACCUCUUGUUAUCUCAAACUGGAGAUAAUACUAGAAAAUCCUGUACGAAUUUUUAAUAUAGAAGUAGAAAUUUUGGAUAUGAACGACAACGCCCCACAGUUUCGACGAGACGUCAUACAUUUAGAUAUAUCUGAAGCGACGCCAAAAGGGGAGAGAUUCUCUCUCAGCAAUGCAGUUGAUCCUGAUGUUGGAAGCAAUUCAGUGAAAACAUACCAUCUGAGUGAAAGCGAAUAUUUUAAUAUUGAAGUUCAGACCGGAAGAGAUGGGUCGAAGUUUGCCGAAUUGAUCUUAACAAAGACUUUAGAUCGGGAGCAGCAAGCUGUUCAUAAUUUAAUACUCACAGCUGUAGACGGAGGCACACCUGCUCGUUCUGGUACUGCAAGUGUUAUUGUUCGUGUUUUGGACACAAAUGACAACGCUCCUGCAUUUGACAAAGGGAGUUAUAAUAUUAAAAUAAUGGAAAAUUCUCCCAUUGGAAGCAUUGUUAUUCAUCUCAAUGCAACAGACUUAGAUGAGGGAACUAAUUCUGAUAUUACGUACUCAUAUAGUUUAUACACGUCAGAGAAAACACAGGAAACAUUUAAUCUGAAUCCUUCCACUGGUGAAAUUAAUGUUAAAGGAAUGUUAAAUUAUGAGGAUUUUAGGAUUUAUGAUAUGGAAGUUAUAGCAACUGAUAAAGGAGCCAAUAGUUUAUCAGGACAAUGCACCAUAAAGAUUCAGGUUGAAGACAUGAAUGACAACCACCCAGAAUUAUCUAUUAAAUCAUUUCAGAGUCCAGUCAAUGAAAACAUAGCAUUAGACACAGUGAUAGCUGUCGUUAGUGUCAGUGAUAAAGACUCAGGUGACAACGGAGUGGUUGAUCUUCACAUUCCAGAUCAUAUGCCGUUCAAACUGAGGGAAUCCUCUGAUAACUAUUAUGAAUUAGUAGUGUCAGAGCCAUUAGACCGUGAGAAGGUUCCAGAAUAUGACGUCACGUUCACUGUUACAGACAGAGGCUCUCCUCCUUUAUCUGACAAUGAAACUAUGACGCUAGAACUGCUGGAUGUUAAUGACAAUGUUCCACAGUUCCCUCAGUCCUUUUAUACUAUACGUGUAAUGGAGAACAACGCACCUGGGGCCUUGCUCAGUUCACUCACUGCGUUUGACCCGGACCUCCAUGAAAACCAGUAUCUAGUUUACUUCAUCCUGGAGAAGGAGAUAGCUAACACGUCCAUGUCCAUGCUGUUCUCCAUCAAUCCAGAGAACGGCAAUCUUUACGCACUAAAAACUUUUGACUAUGAGAUCGAGAAGGAGUUUCUUUUCCACAUCGAGGCCAGAGACUCUGGCUCUCCUCCACUCAGCAGUAACGUGACCGUCCACAUCAUUAUUGUGGACCAGAACGACAACGCUCCGGUUAUCGUCUCUCCGUGGCGCGCGCACGGCUCGGUGGUGGAGGAAAAGAUCCCCAGAAACACCGAUAAAGGCUCUCUGGUUGCCAAGGUGAUAGCCUUGGACACCGACUCGGUGCACAACUCUCGGAUUACCUACCAGUUUCUACAGGUGACGGACGCCACCUUGUUCAGUCUGGACCAAUACAACGGAGAGAUCCGGACUAUGAGGAUGUUCAGUUACAGAGAUCCGCGCCACCAGCGGCUGGUUGUUGUCGCCAAGGACAACGGGCAGCCUGCUCUCUCUGCUACAGUCACCAUCAAGCUGUCCACAGUGGAGACUGCUGUUAAGGCCUACUCUGACAUGACUGAGGUGCCUCUAGAAUACGACAUCUUUUCAGACCUAAACCUGUAUUUGGUCAUCGGUCUGGGCUCCGUGUCAUUUCUCCUGCUGAUCACCAUACUGGUCACCAUCGUGCUCAAGUGUCAGAAACCCAAGCCCAGCAAAGCGGCUCCUCGCAGGAACAGUGUGAUCAGUGAGAGGAACUCCACCAUCGCAGAUUCCACUCUGGUCUCCAACGACGCCUACUGGUACAGUCUGUUUCUAGCGGAGACCAGGAAAGGAAAGCUGGUGGUUAGACAGCCUGUGCCAAAGGGCUCCAGAUACAUCGUGUCCAGUAUACCGAGAGGCACGGGACUGACAGACACUAGUGACUCAGCAGCCUCCACUCUGCAGUACCCUAAAUGAGGGAAGUCCACUCUGCAGCUGGAGGCAUCCACCAGCAGCAGUAGCAGUUCCACAUAAGGCCACACCUACAGCUGCGUAACUUGAUUGACGCUGACAGGAAAGCUUCACAGAGGAAAGGAGAAACCCCUGCCUAUAAACCCCCCCAUGUCCAUCCUGCUCAAUCUGAUCCUUGGUCCUCACAAUGUGUAGUUGUCAUGCUAUAAAACCAAAUGGACUAUGUUGGCUAAUCAAGGACGCAACCCUCCCCCUCUCUUUCUUUAAGCACAUGAAAAGCCAAUCAACAAUGCCUUUCUGUCCAUUCAAUGUGCAUGAUAAGACUGCAUGGCUUCAACCACACUCCAAGACCUUCAUACAAAAAAAUGUCCAAGAGGAAAUACUCACAAAGAAACAGACUGUACGAAAAAAUGACACCUAUGGAACUUCAAAGAAGCCUGAACAAGGACUAUUAGAGUGGACCUUGGAAUGUUGAAAUGCCUUUAAGAGACUGUUUUCCCUCUCUAAAAAUGAAACACAUGUUGGAUAUUACAUUUUUAACCUCUGUGCUUUGUCUUGCUCCAUAACAGCAUUGAUGUAUAUAAUAUACAAGUUAUCUAAGAAGUGAAACAGCACACUUAACUAAAUGUCAGAAAAGCACCAACCUACGAUUUUAAAGUAUGAAACAAAAGGGAAUCAGUAUUUUAUAAAUGUGGUAGCUUUUAGUAGUUUUAUGUUUUGUACUUGACUUUGUGCUUUAUAUGUGUGCUAGGCCUAAAUAUAUGAAUGAGAGUUCUAAGAGAUUAAAUGAAGUUAACCAGUACAUCAAACAGAUAAAUGUGGGGCUUUUAACCAUUAUGUAUCUGCCCUUCAGUUGUUUUUGCAUGGGAUAAUCACAGUACUUUGAUAGUUUUAGAUAUUUUAUGAUAUUGAGCAAUCCAUUUUCUGUAGUUAGGCCUCACUGGUAUUUUUCAAAACAAGAUGGAAGAUUACAUUUUAAUGGGACCACAUUGAAGAAGUACAUCAGCAAUAUUUUCAUCCUGUGUCCUAAGAUCUUCAGAAAAGGUCAACAGAUCUGUAAUCUCACUCCUUUUUCCUAGGUUCUAGGCAAGAGGAAAGUGGCUGGCAGCAGUGGGACAUUUCUAUGGAUUCAGAAAGUUAGUCAGCUUAAAUUUAAGUGUACAGUGUGAUUGAAUGUUGUGUUGCACUUGGACAUUACUGGAGAAUAUGAGUCUAGGGGAUUGAACUGAACACAAGUGAGCACAGUGAGUCUUUGAGAAUGGACUAUAUAUACAUCAGAAACAUGACCAUGUACUUUCACUUUCUUUUUUAUUUUUAAAGCCAAACUCUGGAUGUUCCUUAAUUUCAACGUCUUCUGAGAUUGUGUAACAAGUUGAAAACUCAGAACUGUUUACCUUACAAUACUGAAACAACAUAGUUGUGGUUGAUUUCACUCAAGAAAGCUGUGUUCAUGUGUAUUGCUGACUACUUUAUGUAUCUGCAUAUGCAACACAUAUAUAGGGAUACAGAUAUGACUGACAUAUACAGUAUAUCAAAUGUCUGUAUCUAUAAAUAUGCCUUUCUUUUCAAUACCAAUGCUGAACUUUUUAAGAUGAACAAAAACAGUGGAACUCUUGUGCCAUCAGAUUUAUGGGCCAACUAGUAUAUGAAACAUUAAAAUAAUCAGACAUUAUGUAGUCAAACUCUUUAGCACAGCUCACACUGCAUUACUUGUAUAAAGUUGUAAUGUUUUACGGGCAAACAUAUACAGUAAGUGCUUUUGUACAGUGGUACUUUUAUGGUGCAAUAUGUAGUAACUUGUGUAAUGUGAGCUUACUGUAUGCUAUGGUCUGGUCGUGUCUGUAUGAUCUAUUAAAUACAAAAACAAAACAGAACAACAAACUUAA